AUGUCUUCUCCACUUCCAACAAAUAGUCAGAGCGGAAGACCUAAUGGUUCAUCAGCACUACCAUCAUCCGUAGGUGCAGGAUUCGGUAGUAGUUCUGGUUUCGAAAAUGACUCUCAGGUUGGGUCAAGAUUGCAGUUUCCAAGUUCCUCACAACCUCAAGGUGCCGUGGCAAAUCAGUCCUCUCAAUUUAGUUCCCAAAACCAGCCAGAUGCAACUGACGAAGAUAUGCUUCCAAUGCAAGGUUUAAGAAGAAGAGCCGUUAAUAGAGUCAAGAAAGUUGAUGAUGUUACAGGUGAAAAGGUCCGUGAGGCCUUCGAACAAUUUUUAGAAGAUUUUGUUGUUACAGAUUCUGAAACAUCUACACAGCAUAAGGUUUACAGAGCUCAGAUUGAAUUUAUGAAGAUGUAUGAUUUAAACACUAUCUAUAUUGAUUAUCAACAUUUAGCUUCUAGGGAAAAUGGAGCCUUGGCCAUGGCCAUCUCUGAACAGUAUUAUAGAUUUUUACCAUUUUUAAUCGCUGGUUUAAAGAGAGUGGUAAAGAAAUAUGCUCCAGAACUUCUAAUAACAAGGGAUUCUAUUAGUAGGCCAAAUGGUAACGAAGGGGAAGGGGAGGAUACUAAUGAUUCAACAUUCCCAAAUACCCAAGUUACAGAUAGUAACAGUGACUCUAGGUUAGCUACAAGAUCUGGUGGUACUACAUCCAUUAGUAGUUCUCCGGAACAAACAGAAAGACUACUUCAAAUUAGUUUCUUCAAUUUGUCUGCAGUGCAUAGAAUUCGUGAUGUUAAAUCUGAUAAAAUUGGCUCAUUAUUGAGUAUCUCUGGUACUGUUACCAGAACAUCCGAAGUCCGUCCUGAACUUUUCAAAGCAAGUUUUACAUGUGAUCUAUGUCGUGCGAUUGUAGAUAAUGUUGAACAAUACUUUAAAUUCACGGAACCAACAUUUUGUCCAAAUCCAACUUGUGAAAAUAGAGCAUUCUGGACAUUAAAUGUUGCCAGAUCCAAAUUCUUAGAUUGGCAAAGAGUUAGAAUCCAAGAAAAUGCUAAUGAAAUCCCUAACGGGUCUAUGCCAAGAACUUUAGAUGUCAUUUUAAGAGGUGAUUGUGUUGAGAGAGCAAAGCCAGGUGAUCGUUGUAAAUUCACUGGUACAGAUAUUGUAGUUCCAGAUGUAUCUCAACUUGGCCUUCCUGGUGUUAAACCAAGUUCUUCGAGAGAUAUGAGAGGUAUUGCUAGAACAUCAGAAGGUCUUAACAGUGGUGUUAGUGGUCUACGAUCCUUAGGUGUUCGUGAUUUGACAUACAAAAUGAGUUUUCUUGCCUGUCACGUUAUUAGUGUUGGUACUAAUAUUAAUGAUCAAACAAACACAGACGGGACCUCUAAGAAUAAUGCCGACGAAGGUGAGCAGCAAAUGACUGCCAGUCUCCAGGGGACAGACGUAUACCAAAAUGAUGAAAGGGAUCAAGAAGUUUUCUUGAACAGUUUAAAUUCGGAAGAAAUUAACGAAUUAAAAGAGAUGGUGAAGGAUGAACACAUUUAUGACAAGCUGGUAAGAUCAAUCGCUCCUGCUGUAUUUGGUCAUGAAUCUAUAAAGAAAGGUUUAUUGCUGCAAAUGUUAGGUGGUAUCCAUAAGAGCACCGUUGAAGGUAUCAAAUUGAGAGGUGAUAUUAACAUCUGUAUUGUUGGUGAUCCAUCUACCUCUAAGUCGCAGUUCUUAAAAUAUGUGUGUGGAUUUGCUCCCAGGUCUAUUUACACAUCUGGUAAGGCAUCUUCGGCAGCUGGUUUAACAGCAGCUGUUGUUAGAGACGAAGAAGGUGGUGAUUAUACUAUUGAAGCUGGUGCUCUGAUGCUAGCGGAUAAUGGUAUCUGUUGUAUUGAUGAAUUUGACAAGAUGGAUAUAUCAGAUCAAGUUGCUAUUCACGAAGCAAUGGAACAACAGACUAUCUCUAUCGCUAAGGCUGGUAUUCACGCCACAUUGAAUGCAAGAACUUCCAUCUUAGCAGCUGCUAACCCAAUUGGGGGUAGGUAUAAUAGAAAGUUAUCCCUAAGAGGUAACUUAAAUAUGACUGCACCAAUUAUGUCAAGAUUUGAUAUGUUUUUUGUUGUCCUUGACGAUUGUAAUGAAAAAAUUGAUACAGAACUUGCGGCCCAUAUUGUGGAUUUGCAUAUGAAGAGAGACGAUGCAAUUACAUCUCCAUAUAGUAGAGAGCAAUUGAGCCGUUACAUUAGGUAUGCUAGAACAUUUAAGCCAAUCUUGACCAAGGAAGCUGGGGAAUACUUAGUCGAAAAAUACAAAGAAUUAAGAAAGGAUGAUGCACAAGGCUACGGUAGAUCCAGUUAUAGAAUAACAGUGAGACAAUUGGAAAGUAUGGUGAGAUUGUCCGAAGCUAUCGCACGUGCUAACUGUGUCGAUGAGAUCACACCAGCAUUCGUAGCCGAAGCCUAUGAUUUGUUGAGACAAAGUAUUAUUCGUGUUGAUGUUGAUGAUAUAGAAGUCCCAGAUGAUGAGAACGAAGAAGGUCAGAAUCAAGGAAAUGAAAACAGUGGCUCAGCUGAAACCGUCGAGAGUCAAAACUCCACGGUCACAGCCGCUGCUGCUGUGGCUGCUGCAGUUUCUGGUGAAAAUACUGUUAACGCACCCGUAAAGAAGACUGCUAUUACAUAUGAAAAGUAUGUUUCCAUGAUGAAUCUUAUUGUUCAUAAGAUUGCAGAAUCUGAAAAAUCUGAUUCUAAAGAAUUAACGGCAAAUGAAAUUGUUGACUGGUAUUUAAUACAAAAGGAGGAUGAUCUAAACUCUGAGAGUGAAUAUUGGGAUGAAAGAAAGUUAUGUUUCAAAGUAUUGAAGAGAUUGGUUAAGGAUCGUAUUCUAAUGGAAAUUCGCGGAACAAGAGAUAAUUUACCAGGCGGGAAUUUCGAUGAAGGUGAUUUUGGAAGACCUUCAGCAGAGAGUGAUAACCAAAGCGGUGAAUCUGUUUAUGUUAUUCAUCCAAAUUGUGAGAUGUUAGAUACUUUGGAACCACAAACUCCGAUGGAUUGA